AUGAUAAUGUGUGUCUUUCACUUGAAACAUUGGUGUGGUGAUCUAAUUCAACACUAUAAUCAAACUGUUGUACAAAUGUCUUAUGAUAACGGUGAUCAUAAUGAAUCAUCUUCAAUUCAUACUGCACAAUUAACGGAAAUAUACGACAUUCCAAUGAAUCAGAUACAUCGUCCUCUUCAAUCAACAUUAGAUGAAAACAAAGUUUAUUCACUAAUGAAGACUAUAAAAACAAUCAAAAAUUCAGAUCAAAUUCCUCCUAUCGAUGUAUUAUGGUAUAAAAAUCCAGAAUCUGGAAAUAAUUAUUAUUUUUCAUUUGGAGGAUGCCAUCGUUGGGAAGCAUACAAACGAUUAAAUUCUGAAACAAUUCGUGCGAAACUUGUUCGAACAACAUUAAAUGAUUUAAAAAUUUAUUUCGGUGCAUCGAUGCCAUUAAAUUUAAAAUAA